AUGGUUGAAGAAGCAUUUGCAUCGUUUGGUUUGUUUAUUGAUGAUGAAAACAAGAUACGUAUAAUUGAACCAGAAAAAGUUACUGAUUCAGCAGAAUUGAGAGAUGAAUGCAAAGAUUUUAUUGAAAAUGUAUUGGAAUUCAAGAAAAUUGUUGAUACAUUAAUUGAAAAAACUGAACAAUAUUCAAAACAUGUUGAAGAGGCUAGACUAAAAUCAAUAGGUGCUAAGAAUAUGUUAAAAUCCGCAGCAAAAUAUCGUGAAUUUGAAAAACAACAAUUGCAAGCAUUAAUCAAAGAGAAAAUGGUCGAAUUAGAUAGACUACGAUCGGAAUAUGAAUCACUACAAAAAACUGAACGAGAGCAAAGUGAAAAAAUUGAACAUUUAUCAUUAAAGGCGUAUGUGUAUAAUUAUGGUUCAUCACAAUCUGCGCCCAUAUCCUCCUCAGCACAAAUAAACUGUUACAAAGAUAAUUCAAUAUUUUAUUCUAAUUCACCAUAUGUUAUUCAAAAAAUGGGUGAACUCAUAUGUGUCGAUUCGGCAAAAUUUACUGAUUAUUCAUAUUAUAAGCAACCACAAAAUCAGACAUUAGAUCCAACUAGUUUUAUUCGUUUAUUAAAUAUUAACAGUAGUGUUAUAUUACCAGAUAAUUCAGUUUCUUCGUAUGAAAUUGGAAGUCCAUUAUGGAUAUAUGUUGGUGUUAAUAGUUCUCAAAAUGCUUCACUGCUGAGGUUACCUCAAUCGCUCGUUGAUAAUCAAUGUGGUGGAACUCAACCUAUUAGUAAGCUACAGUGUUUACUCGUCUUAAACUAUAUUUCAAACUUUUAUUAUUUCUAUUCUUGCUUAUUAGCGUAUAUGAACGAUUUUUCUUCGACAUGUCUUCAAGCUGUAACUAGUACGACCUGUACUACUAAUACUCUCCUAGAUGCAUCACAAUUUAAUGGAAUCUGUAUUGUUAAAACACCCCCUAAUUGGAUUAACUGUACGAGUAGUAUAAACAUUGGAAAUUACGUAGCACCUACUGCAUCAGCUACAUUGUGUAAUAAUGUCUUAGAACAACUUACCAUAACAAUUCAGUACCUUAAUCCAGGUGGUGUUGUUAAUAUUAAUGUAGUUGCGGUGCUCGUAAAUGUUACGUUGCCUUCGACUUCACCGCUUGUUCAAACAUACAAUGUUCGAUUUGUUAAAGACUUGAAUACGACUUCAGUUUCAAAUAGUGAAAAUCCUGGAUACAGCCAAGGUUCACCAAUACUGGCUGGGAUAAAGGGUUCGAAUAUCACGCUCACAGACAGCUUUACAUAUAUACAAGCUUCAAGUGGCGGUUCAUGUGAUGAUGUUGAUCCAGUAUCAAUUAAGUUUGGCGAAAAUAUACUAUCAACAUGUCAAUUAGCUCUUUCGAUUAAUGCAUCAGAACAAUUCGUUAUUGGUGCAUACGGCAAUUCAUCAGUAGACAAUGCGAACGAUUGGUUGCCGGUCUUUUAUUGUACAUCAUCAGAGGGUCAAACUGAAAACCCUGUAUGUGAUACUGGUUAUCAACCGCCAAAUCCAAAUUCACCAUGUAUUACUCGUUUGGAUAUUCAGAUAGCUUAUGCAAACAUUGGCUCGAUAACAAAUCCUCAGCCAGUAUUAGGUGCUGUGGUAUUCCAUUAUCAAACUAAUCGCGUAAACUGA